AUGGCCCCUCCAGAGCGGUUGGAGGCGCUUAAGCUCUGGCUACACCAGAAUGGCGGUUACCUCAAUCCCGAAACACGUCUCGAGCACAGCGACGAAGCCGGCGUGCAUUGUCGCGCUGCAACGGAUCUCGCUCCGCACGCACGCAUAUGCACCGUCCCGCACUCACUGGCGCUGUCCAGUCUCAACGCCCUGGUCGACGAUGUCUUCCCCGUCUUCAAGCAACGCGGCUUGCCCGUCGAGGCCAUCGGCUACUUCUACUUGAUGUACCAGUAUGCGCAUCGCGACACUUCUUUCUGGCAGCCCUAUCUGGACAGUCUGCCACGUCCCGACCAUGAGCAUAGCACGCCCUUCUGGUUCGACUCGCAGGAUCUUGGCUGGCUCGAGGACACCGAUGUCCUGCACACUCUCAAGGCCCGCAGAGAGGUCCACAAAAUCCACUAUGUCGCUGGCAUCAACAUGCUUCAGCAAGCGAACGUCGACAUUGAGCCAUACACAUGGGAUCUCUACAGAUGGUCAAUCACUAUGUACACCUCACGUUCCUUCUCCUCACGCGCACUGCAUUCUGUUGACACCAAAUACUGGGCGGCGUACAAGUCGACGCCAGACGGUCGUACACAAACCGUGCUCCUCGACAUGACGCGCACUUCUGCAGAAGAGCUCGAUUUCCCUGUGCUCUUUCCAGUCAUCGACAUCCCAAACCACGCCCACGAUGCAAUGGUAGAUUGGGCUUUUGAUCCUGCACGCUUUAGUCUGAGUCUCAGGUCUGGUGCCAAAGCCGGUGGUGAGGUGUUCAACAACUACGGUCCCAAAAGUAACGACGAACUCCUUCUGGGCUAUGGAUUCUGCCUUGAAGACAACCCGCACGACAAAGUCCUCCUAACCCUCAAGGCACCUCCCGAAGAAUUGCAAAAAGAGCUUCGCAAAAUCCAGCCAGGCUACUUCGAGGAGAGGCGAGACGACAAGGAUGGCGAAUGGAGCAGUGAAAAGGCCACAUUUGGGCUGCAACAGCCCGUCCAUGACCCCGAAAGACCUGAAGCUGUAUUCGAUCGCCUUCCGGAGCCUUUGCUCGAGCUCAUGAUCUAUAUGCUACGCCACGAGCGCGGCUUAUCAUUCUCCUUCGUGGAGCGCCCGCUCUUCUACCUCACAGCUCCUAAUAGCGCCGGACGGCAAUAUCGGGCGCCGAUCACGAGAAUGAUAGUAACAUCUCUCCUGCCCAAACUUGCAAAGCUCCAAGCCAGCACGCCGCAGAACCCGCCGACCAACAAGAAACAACAACAGGCCAAGAUUUAUCGAGACGGACAGAUGCGGAUAUUGGAGCAUGUUACCGGGGGUCUCAGGAACUAUCUGCGGACUCUUCUUACCUUGACACCCUCGUCCAAUGCAAGUGGGCCCAUGUUGGUGACUAUACAAGGACUUGUAUCAAUCUUGGCCUCCGCGACCGACGAAGGUCCUAAACACGCCGCGGACUUCCUCAACGGCCUAGCCGUGAGCGCAGGCACAUCUGACCUUGAUCAGAUGUGCGAAGCCGGCUGGGAAGACGACGCUUGUGUCUUGUUACUCUGCUUCGUCUUCUCAACCUGCGGCAUCAACGACCACGAAUACCCAGAGUACCUCUGGCGACCUGACGUGGAUGUCGACUAUGAGAACGACCGUUUUGAUGACGAUGAGCUCGAGCAAGGGAGAAGUUCGAUGGAGCUUGUGAAGGCUGCGGCGCAGGAGUGUCCGGGGAGUUUCUGGACGGAUAAGAGGUGGAGUGAGAGGUUUGUUGCUGGUGUUGGUGGGAGGGUGAUGAGGUAUGAGAGUUUUACUAUGAUGGUGCCGACAAGUGAUGAGGGUGGUGAUGCUAGGUUGGUGGUUUAUAUACAUCCGUCGUGA